UACACUAACCAGCCGAAAGUUUCUCGCCGCCACAUUUUGACGGGAGCGAGGUGCCAGAAAACACUUAAACCAAAAAGAGAAUCAGCAAGGUUUGAGGCUGAAAACCUGACCCACCCACAAUGUCCGUGGGUAGGUUGCUGGUAAUGUGUUCAGUUUUCUUGAGCUGCAUGUGUAGAGGUGAGAGAAAAGAAGAGGAGAAAGCGAGUAAUCUUUUCCCCGGACAUGACGUAGCUUCGUCCCGGAUGAAGUCGUUGUUGGAAUCCAGUGGAAUCUUGUCCGAAGGUUUAAGGUUAGCGGACCUCCAAAAGACGGCUGAAAACUCCAGCGAGGACACUCAACCCCACGAUUACAUUCUGUCUGUGUGGGCAGCGAUGAUGGCUGGGGAGGAGAAUAACAGGGAGCCGCAGAAAGAGCCGAGUGUAGUGGCAGUUUUGUCGGAACCACCUACAGAUGACGUUCAUGUUUUGAAGGAAAUGACAUUGAUGUUCAGUUUAAACAAAAGCCUGUCCCAAGGUGUGGAAUCAGUGACAGCCGCUGAAAUAAUUCUGUACAAGAACUCAAAGCUAUCUGCAAGAGACUCUGACAGCGACACAGUUACAGUAAAACUUACGGUCUAUAAUGCCAAUGAUAACCAGUUUAACUCAACCUACACCAGAGAGCUGACCAACCAGAGUAACACGAUAUUGUUGUUCAAUGUGACUAAGGUGUUCAAAAAGCUUGUGGAGGAAAUGAGCUCUGAAAUGAAGGUGAUAAUAAGUCUGAAUACAUCAGUCACAGAAAACCUGGCCACAUCAUCUGUCGGAGACUAUCUGGUAACAGAGGACCCCACACACGUACCCCUACUCAUUGUCUACCAUAACAUGGUGCCUCUAGACCCCGAAGACAGACUCACGAGUGUAGGCCAGAAGAUCGACGAUGAGGGUGAUUACCUGUCCAGUGAAAACACGAGCGGUAGCAGGCAGAGGUUGAAUGUUGGGUUUGAUGCGCACAACAGCUCUGACCACAGGAUGCGCCGUAAAGCGAGAAGAUACCGUGCUCAAAGCAGUGUGAUUCACAAUCACAACCCAAACUGCCACCUGCACAGCUGGGUUGUUGAUUUCCACGCAGACCUGCGCUGGACCUGGAUUAAAUUUCCCACUUCCGUCAGACUGAAUUUCUGCGGUGGCAUCUGUCCUUCCCCUCUAGCUGGCAAGGAGCUCAAUUCCACCAACAAUGCUUUCAUCCGUGACCAGUACAUCGUGGCAACAAAAUGGCAACACCGAGAGAUCCCGGCCACGUCUUGUGUCCCCAUCAAACUGGCUCCUAUCGAUGUGUACUAUGUUGCCGCAAACAACGAUCAUGUUAUUCGCCGUCUGCCUGAUGUGGUUUCUGAAGACUGUGCCUGUCUCUAAAAGGAUUUUUGUGCUUUGGAUUCACAGAAUAGCAUCAGCUGAAUUACUAGUAGCAUUGGUACAAUACGCAUUGUUGUUCUCGUUAAGUUUUUCUUUUGCAAAUUAGAAAAUGUUUUUGUUCAUCUUCAAAGGAGACAUAAAUAAGUUAAAUGCAAAUCAACAGUGAGUCAUACAUUUUAAUUGUGCUUAAUUUCACCAUUUGAAUUGAUGCACUAGUUGAAUUUAAUUACCUUUAUAAAAUUAACAUUUGAGACUACAGUUGUUGUAAAUGUACAUUUGUUUUAAAAUUAAAUUAAGUCCAGUUGUAUGUGAGACUUUCAUUUUUAAAUUUAUAAAAGUGGAACUACCCCAUUUCUUCUAAAAUUGGAGACAGAUAUCAAUAAUGUUGAAAGUAGAAAGUUACAUUUCUUUACCAACCUUUUGGAAAAGUAAAACUGAGUAUGUUGUUCAUGAGAUGGUCUAACCAUCUGAGAAAAAAGAAACUCAGUAUUCCUGUUAGAAUUACAUAUAUAUUGGCUAAAAUGAUUAGACCAGGUGUCCCAAAUUUUAGAAGAAAUAGGGUAAUUUGAGAGUAAUAGAUUGUUGUGAUCAGGUUUGGAGUAAUUACCAGUUUCAACUACAUCAACAUGUGUAUUAGCGAAUCUACCAUAAUCAUGUCUUAGCAGAUGAAUAAUUCUGAGACUUCAGGUUUUGAACAUUGAAUUUCCAUUUAUUGCUGAUUUUGGAUGACUUAUUGUUAUAGAGUGCUAUCUAGAGAUUGUCAAAUAUUAUUAAACUAACUUCUAAAUCUAUAUGUUUUUAUAACUAAUAUAACCAGACAUUUGGUUUAAGAAAGCCAUUUAGUACCACUGGCUUAAUGUUCAAUACAAAAUGCAUCUUUUAAUUUUCA